ACCAAAAAUGUAGGUGCGCUCACAAGAUGCACAUGAAGUCACCCACAUGCUAAUCUUUACUCCACCACUUUUCUCUCAAACGAGUCGUGGUGCCACACAGGUCACCAAAUCAUUGACAGAAGAGACCAGCUGAUCCCAAAUUACACACUACUAACUCACUCCGGCGGUGCUUCGCCGGAAAAAAAGACCCGACCCGAAUUCAAUUUCUCACUCAACUAUCCAUAAAAUCUCACUCCCAGUAACAUAUCUGAGAUUUUGGGCAUUUUUUCUUCUUCUUCAGAUUCGUAGAGGAAAUCUUGGAAAACCAAAAAUAGAGAGGUGCCCAGAAUCGUAAUUCAUUAUGAGAAGCGCAGGGAAAGGUAGUCAGGAGGAGGAUGAGUACGAAGACGACGACUUUGGCUCCAAGAAAGAUGGGCCUUCUUCCAAUUCAUCCAAUCCCAACAGUAAAGAUGCUAAGAGCAACGAUAAGGCUAGUGCUAUACGGUCGAAGCAUUCGGUGACGGAGCAGCGGAGAAGGAGCAAGAUCAAUGAGAGAUUCCAGAUAUUGAGAGAUCUAAUACCCCAUAGUGAGCAAAAGCGAGAUACGGCAUCGUUCUUGCUAGAGGUGAUCGAAUAUGUCCAGUAUUUACAGGAAAGGGUCAACAAACAUGAAGGUUCGUGCCAGGGGUGGAGUGCAGAGCCCACAAAGUUAAUGCCAUGGAGAAAUAGCCACUGGCGUGUUCAGAGUUUUGUUGGUCCUCCUCAGCCGAUAAAGAAUGAUACUGGUGUAAUUUCACCAUUUCCUGGAAAGUUUGAUGAAAAUAACAUCUCUAUUACUCCGAAUAUUCUUGCAAACAGCACAAAGAAUCCCGUAGAAUCUGAACCUAGCAGGGACGUUGCCUCUAAAGUCAUGGAUCAGCCACCUGAGAUAGUGAAUAAGGGACUUCCUCUGCCUAUGCCUCUGCCAGAAAAUCUGCUCCCCCCUGUCAGAAAUGAUGGUAUGCUUGCCCGUCCUCUGCACGGACCAAUUUCUGAUGCUCAAUCAACUCAAUGCCCCACCACCAGUGGUGAUGCACUGAAUCAACGGGAGGAGCUGACUAUCGAAGGUGGAACAAUAAGCAUCUCAAGUGUUUACUCACAAGGGUUAUUGAACUCUCUGAGUCAUGCACUUCAGACUGCAGGUGUAGAUCUGUCACAGGCUAGUGUCUCAGUGCAGAUUGAUCUUGGUAAUCGCGCAAACCGAGGGCUGUCUGCUGGAACACCUGCUUCUAAGGAUCAUGAGAAUCCACAUUCGAGCAAUCAAACGAUGGCACAUUUUAGGGAUGCUGGCAGUGGAGAUGAUUCGGAUCAAGCUCAUAAGCGGCUGAAGUCAUAAGAUUUUACUCUCAGUAUCCAUUUCGUUCAGAUUUUACUCUCACAUUCUGCUUUGGAUGUCUUAGUGCCAUCUUCUGGUUAGUGUACAUGCGUUGCUUUGUUUCUUUAUACUAUUUCUUGAACUCAUAUGUUGAGAACCAUUUCCUUAAUAAUAGAUUUCUUUCAAGACUUGUGUUAGGGGAAGCCAUUUCAGUUGUAUCGUACAUAAUUGUUUCAAAUGGAGCCACUCAGGGCUGAUUUAUUGGUAGAA